AUGGCAGAAGUUCAGAAUAAUGCGUGGCCUGACGAUAGCUUUUGGCAGGAAGAUGGUUACCAACACGAGCAGUUGCCCAUCUACUCGUAUCCAGCCCGAGAUGUUAGGACCUCUUCGGCGGCGGCUCCACCUUAUCAGUAUGGUGGUGGUGUCAGUGGCUUUGCAUCGAGCCAGUCUUUCAGCAAUACACCUCGUUAUAUCUCAGAUCACACACCUGCACAACGACCUCGUCUGCAAGGAUAUGAGAAUGAACAGCUGUACACGAUGGCGAGCACACACCACACUUAUAGAGAAAGAAGCAGCAGUGGCACUUCCUGCAACUAUAGCCAGGCUAGAAGUGCGACUAACUCUCCUGCGUUUGCUCAUUAUCAACUCGCAACUGGUACUCAUAACGUCGCCACUUUCCUUAGUCAAGGCGGAUCCUUUGGCAACUCACUAGCACCUCAUAAUGGUUCGGCCUUUUCGGCCAUCGAAUACAAAGAAGAAGAACCCCACCAAAACAAGGAUCGCGCGCAACGUACUGAAGACGGCGGGAGUGUGAACAAAACGGACAAUCCUAAAGAGCGACUCCCUUGUCCCCACGUAGAAUGCCGAGGAGACGACGGAAAACCAAAAAGGUUCUUCAGUCGUAAGGCCGACGUCAACAGACACAUCAAGUCCCAGCACGACGUCACUCGUCAGGACUGUCCCUGGCCCAAGUGUACGAGAAAAGGCACACAGGGAUUCGCGAGAUUGGACCAUCUCACUGAACACAGAAGAGGCUAUCACUCAGAAGACAUUCCGAAAAGAAACAGUGGAAAUAAUUCCGAGAGACAAGAUGAGACGACUCCAAUGAGCAACGCGGAGUCGGGUGCCGUCGCGCAACCAAGCGCUGGCAGUGUUAGUGUUCAAGCUUCUACUUCCGUCUCGUCUUCCUACCAUAGUACGCCCACCACGAGUAUGGCGGAGCUGAGUGAUGGCAUCCUCAUCCAGCCUGAGACUUAUUACACAGAGAAAGACAAUGCCAUUGGUUCUCGUAAGGCGGUCCGGAAGCACAAGGCCAGUCACGACCGUCUCGAUGUGGAUGAAGAUCCAACGGGUGCACCUGCGGCAUCUGCUGAUUCGUCAAAACGUCGAAAGAGAGCACGGCGUCCGGCCUCUGCACAAAUGAUGGAAAGCAUGUCUUCUUGGGAGCUAGAGCUGCUGAGUGCAGAGGCAGAGCGGCGACCUUACUAUCAGGCUCCGCCGCCGCCGCCGCCGCAGAAUACAUACCCACGACAAGAAUACCGUUUGUUCAUGCAAGGUCCCGAUGAGUCGAUGAUGUGUAGGCCACAAAUUCACGCUCAGGCCCAGACUCGAGAUCAUGGCCAAGCCGAGAAUUCGACGACCUCGGCAUCGCUCUAUUUACCAAGCCACUGCGACAUCCAGGCCUAUACUGCAGCACCGCAAAUGCAGCAGUACUUUCGGGGUCGAAGUCAAUCUAUGCAGAGUCGGUUUGGAUGA